UGUCACCGUUACAAAUCUGUCAUGACAAACAAACACUUGUUCAGUAAUAAACCUGGCUUGCAUAUGAAGGCUUCUGUUACUGUGGUGUUCAAAGUCCACAGCGAGAGAUUAUAUAUUUUGGAGGGGGGCUUUAAAUUAUUUUGACUGCUUCCUCCAUUAUAAAUCAACAGAGUGUUUCCUCAUUCUCACCGACCUGACCACAUGAUGACAAAAAGAAAAGGGGUAGGAAUACGCUUAAAUCCAUCACUAAUUUGGGAACAGCACAAGGAAACCGCAUGGAAAAAGCUGUGCUGCUCCACUGAGGCGUUUUUAGAACUUAGUGAAAGUGAAUUGAGACUAAAGUAGCUAAAACCAAGAUAGCAGAAGCUCUAAGACUGCGUCAGGUAUUGGAUCAUGUCUGUGCUCCCCAGAGUGGUCUACAAGCGGAGGGCCCACAUCACAGCUCUGCCUCUCUACUAUUCAGGGCACCUGCUCAAGAAACUCUCCUCUGAGGCGGAUUUCAAGAUGUACUUUGCAGAGCUGCGAGGUGACACAUUAUUGCUGUACAAAGAUGUAAAGCAGGAUACAUACACAGAAAAGCUGAAUCUUCUGCAGCUGAAAUCCAUGCAACCAGUGUCUCCGUAUCAAAGGAAAAUGCCCACCAUCUUCAGCCUAGUGAUGCGCACAGAGGAGGUCCAUUUGAAGAUGGAUAACCCUGACACAGGAGAAGAGUGGCGGGGUUACAUCCUGACUGUCGUCAAAAAAGAAAUUCCCAGUCAACUGCAGCUCCUGCCUGGCCAGAGGAUGCUACUUGAGGAUGUUCUGGCUCAGGAGAAGAUAAGAAGCACCUAUGCCGAGAAUCCCCCACUCCCUCCUCGUCCAGCCCACCUUCUUGGGGUCUGCGCACCAGUGCUUCCGCAAGGGGACACACCUGACAACAGCAGUCCGGAAACAUUACCAUGUUUCUUCAAUGUGACCCGACAAGAAGCUGAGCAGAUGUUGAAGCAGAACCCGGAAUAUGGUGGCAUCAUUAUCCGUCCAUCCACCAUGGCCAACAGCUACGCCCUCACCCUCAGACAGGUCACAGCCAAGGGGCCUGUCAUGAAGAACUACAGGCUCAUCUGCACCAAGUCAGGAUUCACGAUCAAACUGGAAACAACAGUGACAGUCUCCUCCCUUAAAGAGGUACUGGAGUAUUUCUUAGAGAUGACUGAAUACAGCCUUCAUCCUUAUAUACCGGGUGAUAUCUACGACACUUGCAUUGACAUGAAAGCUUCUAAGCAUCUAAGCUCAACAAUGAGAAAUGUACCCAAGGCACAAACAGGGCCUGUGGUGCUUUCACAAACCAAGCAAGGGGAAGGUGAAUAUGUGUUCCCUGAUGACAACAACAUGAAUAAAGGUGUAAAUGUAGCAAGUUAUUAUCACAAAUGUUUGUGUGUUAAAUUUACUUAUAUAUUUUACCUUUUAAUAGUUCAGCGGGAUGCAAAACUUCGGCAAGUUGUUGGGCUACGGAGUAACAACACGGAGAAAGAGUGUACCAGGAAAGCCAAGACUGGCACUGAUCCUUUUGAAAUGCAAAGUACAUACAUGUAAACCAAUUAUUCUGAUUCUUUUUGUUUUCUGUCAAUAGAAUGUUUUCCCAGCUCAGCAACAUCUUGGUUUAAGAUAUUUUAGAUAGUACUCCAGAAGGACUGUAUAAAAAAUAAACUGUUACAAGAUGAAGAAAUCCUACAAUUACUUCAACAGCAAACAGAGCUGGCCAAAUACAAAGCCCUGAUUAAAAUGUUUACAGGAGAGGGAAAAGAAACACAUUCUGGGGAUGAUGGAUUAUUAAUUAUUUAUUUUUCACACAAACACGAGCAAGUCAACAAAUGAUGCCAAGGUUCAUUAAUAUUUGUAUAUGUUUCGUUAUGCUUAUCGGUACCAUGGAUCAUGUAAUGUUUAAAGAAAUAAGACCAUUAGGCUUUUAAAGACAUCGAAACUCAGCAAAAUAUUUAAUUGAAAAAAUGUUUUUUAAAAGCUCCCUUUGUCUCCCCUGCCUUGGUUAUGUGAUUCAGAGUACCAGUUUGCAUUAAUUACGUCACUUAAUUACGU